CACCAGCCCACCCUCUCCCUGCCUUCCUUUACACACACAUACACACAUACACUCAAUCACGAAUGCACAGGGAUUGCAGCAGCAGCAGCAGCACCGCGAGAUGGAGAUCUCCACUGCGUGUGUGAGUGCCUGUUCCCGCAGUCACUGCGCCGGCUGCCUCUCUCUCAGCACUCCUGCAGCCUGUGAGAGCUGCUCCAGUGGCUGGACGGCACCCUGGCGCCCGCUGAAUACAUGGAUGGAUGCUGGAUCUACCAGGGAUCUGUGCUUUCUUGUCCUUUGCACCUCUGAUCAGUUUCUCAAGAAAAUAUGGUGAGCAAAGAGGACACCAAAUGUGUUCUCUCAAAUUCAGAUGAAUCAGACUCAGAGGCGGGCCCAUCUCCCAGCUUUGAAGCACCGGAAUCCGGCAAGCAGCAGGUGAAGAAGAGAAACAAGGCCUUACAAGUGCGUUUUAAGGAUAUCUGCGAAGCCCAGAAUGAGCAUCGGGGAAGACACUCCAGGUCCAUUUCUUGCAAAGUAACACACAGAAAGUACAUGACCAUGCCUGCCCGGCGCUCGAUUCCGAACGUGACCAAGAGUACCGGUGUCCAGACCUCGCCGGAUCUCACCAAGCGAUACAAGACCUUCCCUUUUGAGAGGAAAAAAGGACACACGUUUAAACAUACAGCUUUGGUGGAAGAUUAUAAAGGACAAAACAAUGGGUUUCUGAGCGAUAUGAAGCCCGGAGGAGAGGACGGACAGCCUAUCGCCGACUCCUCCAAGUACAAGGGGAAGAUCGUGGGGCAAACAAAAGCUCUGCUCCACCACACCGACGACAGCAGUGAUACGGAGGAUUUGCUCUCCAGUGCCAACUGUUUGGACGGACCCUCAUAUCCAGACUCCUCGCAGUUCUCGGAGGAGGGCCAUCCGAGCAGCCCUCCUUCCAAAGGCGAAACGGAAUACCAGGUUUGUGGGACGAGGACCAAACACAAAGGAUUACCCAAAGAAGACAUGGAAGCUGGCACUUCCUCAAAGCGCCAGCUGGCUGACUCUGAGUUUACACAGGACAAGCCAAAGGGCACGGGCCCCGUGGCGUGGAACUCUUUGACGCAGGUGGAGUCUUUAGGAAGCCCGUCGGCGAGCUGUAAACGGAAAAAGGGCAUACAGCUGAACGAACAGCAGUCGCAGACACUUCCCCAUAGUGCCAAAUGUUCUGUGCAGUCACAAGGGCAAUGUCGGACACGGCACGCCUCAGCCUCCUCCAAACUCCAGCGGACGGUCGGGGGGGACGAGGGCUUUCCUUCAGGAGGGGCGGGAGCCUCGGGCAUGGGGAGCAGUCAGCAGAUAAUGUCCUUAUCUGGAGACAAGGAUAUCAAAGAACAGCUGCAGGCCAUGGAGACUCUCAUCAACUCCAGCCAGGAGACCAUCAAGGUCCUUCUGGGAGUGAUCCAGGAGCUGGAGAAGGGCGAGGCUCAGAGAGAAGGGCUCUCCUACCGAACGGGACAAGACACAGCGAACUGUGACACUUGUCGAAACAGCGCCUGCAUCAUUUACAGUGUCGAGCUGGACUUUAAGCUACAGGAGGAUAAAUUACAGCCACUGAUGAAGAGACUUUGUCCCCUGGACAGCCAGCAAUGCCCUGCUCUGCCUUACUCCAAUGAAGUGUUCACAUCCACCCCGAAACGCAAGUCCAAGACUGAAUCCAAAAAGCAUGCUCGCUGGAAACUCUGGUUCCUCUGAAUAAAACAUGAGGGCUCUGGAAACGGCUGUUUUAUUGGGCGCAUCAGUACCUGUGUUAUUCUCAAAGUGGUUGGAGGAAUAUUCGGAUGGGGCAAUCAACCCGGGAGGACGGACGAUAACGGAAAACUGGGCGAUUUA